AUGUCUUUCACGCCCAUCCAGAACGCAAUCAACCAUAUCGAAAGAAUCAUGAAAGAACUCAGCCUCGAAUAUUCAGACAUCUCUCGUGAUAUACCUGCUGAACACAGUACUAAGGAAAUCACCGAUAUGAACAACGCCGAGAUGGUUCAUAUCGUCCGGGCGCACCCUGAGAUAGCUGCUCGCAUGCCACAGUCUGUUACAGCCGAGCUUGAAAACAUUCAGAACUCUACGGCCGAGGACACGUCCGCCAAGAACGACGAGCAUGCUCUGAACACGGAGACUGGACAAGCCAUGUUCGAGGAAAUCGCCAACCGCCUGCGCGAGGAGUUCGUUGCUAUCCUCGAGAACCAUGCUGACAUCCUUGAGGAACACGCUGAGGACACCGGUAUCUAUGAGGAGGAGGUACUCGCUCAAGAUAUCGCCCAGCGCGUUCACGAUGAGAGUGUUCGGCUGCAUAACGAAGUCCUUGGACAAAAUCAGGAGGCGCGCAACGAGCUCCUCAGGGGACUCAACACUCACUGUGUUUCAGUUGUUGACGACAUCGUAGAGAAGGUCUGUGAGCGGUUCGACCUCCAUGUCUCGACCUUCAUCCUGCUGAUCGAGUCGCCUUCGUACCGACCUAGCCGAUUCGAAAACUUGAUCAGUGGUGUCUACUACAAGAUCUUUAUGAAUGCCAAGAGCUGCGUCCGUCAAUGGGAGGAGUGGAGAGAGAAGCUGAGGUCUGGUACCCCCAACUCUGUUUGA